AUAAACCUACUACACCAUGACAUUAACAUUCACCUUGGUAUGCAGUAGGUUUAAUGGGGUCGUUAGCGUGAACACAUAUUCCCUGAAAUCCUGCGCGAAGGUCAAGACGUCGGCUUCCACCUCGGGACACGUGCGCACGGGGCACAAACACUCUGGUUUGUUCUAGCAAUGAUUCCCCUUUCCCUCGAAAAGCACAGUCCUGCACUGACAGCGAAAGGCUUGUAUCACAGAACACAUGGCAUGAUGUCAUGAUUCAUUGUCUUCAGAGACACCCACAACAAACUGAACUUUUUAAAAUCUUAGAUAGCUGCUUCUUGCCUCAACACGGAGACGGCUGUUUUCAUCUUACUUCUGUAACACGCUGGAAACAAAUAUGAGAGAAAGGAAUGUAUAAAUAAAUCAUUUACUGUCUUUUAGAGCGGCACGCAUGCUGAGCCUCAUUACGGUGCAUGUCACACGUGUACUUUGAGCCUGUAGCUAAUGCUUCUGUGGUUCAUAGAUGGGUAAAGAUGAUAUAACAAAGCACCUUGAUUUCACUUCUUUACAUCUGUGGAAUCGGUUCCCCUCGCACAGACGUAUUAUUAUUAUCAAAAGGUAGAACCCUUUCGGAUGCACGCAACUAAAAAUACUGAACCACCGGAGUUUAAAUAAAUCAAAACAGGCAAUCUGUUCAAACCUAAACCUUUGAAAAACUUUUUGGAACCGAUCGUCACAAACACGGUUUUCUGUAAAAUCACAGCGUGUCUGGGAAACAACACUCAGCUCGUGUUCUAACAUUAUAGUUUAAUACCGCUAACAUGUGGUGUAGUGUACUGAGGAAUACUACAUUGAAAUGAAGCGCUAAAGUUCUAGUUUUGAGCACACAGAAAUUAGGCGCCAUAAAAAUACUAUGUCACCCGUCUUUUAUGUGCAUGUCAUGUGCUACUACACUCAUGUGAAUGCACACACUGAUCAGAUGCGAGGCUUGAGAGCACACGCGAACCUUGCCACUGCGGGACUUACCAUGUGCCACUUAGUACGUGUGACUUACUCCAAACCUGAUCUUUUCGAUCAUCAAUUUCUCCCUCUCAGAUUCCUCAUUUAACACUUCCGCAUCUGACAUUUUCCUUUCGCUGUGCAAAAGAGGAGAAAGGGCUCUCAGGUUUCAAAUGACUUCCACAAAGGGAUGCAGCUAUUGUUGGUUUAAAACAGCUGCCACGACUGCGGUGCAUCGCUAACGCAUGCAACCUACCGGUCAAAGGUCUCAGUUCACGAGCAACUCAUCACUGUCUCACGAGCUACUAAGACCCUAAUGCAGCACGUUUUACACUCAGGUUAACGUAGAAUUACAUUUUAUUGGCAGUAAACGCAACAGUAAACCCUCGGGCGUAUUUGUGUAAAGCCAUCUUAACAUUAAAAAAAAAACACAACAGGCAAAUACAGCUGCUAAUGUGGCAGUAAAUCAGAAGCAGAGGAAGAUAUCACCUCUAGCUGCGAUCAAAAAUACCACCAGCAAUCCAACUCUUUUCAAUCAGAGCAUCCAUUUAUUUUUUUUCCCCCCAUUGUAAACGAGCAAAUGUUUACUUUUAGUGCUAGUCACCGCAUUUACAAUAUGCCAUGCUACAAAAGAAAAGUGUGUGUAAUUGACUUCUGAAUGCACUGCUGGCUUCGGCUGCUGCGAAUGAAAGAUAUGAUGCUGCAGUUCCAGCGCCAUGUAACACCGCAUCUCCUUCUCCAUCAUCUCCAUCUCUUGAUGCCAGUCUGAGCCCCCCCAUGACUUUCUGUUUGCAGGUUGGUGACGUAGAGAGACAGGAGGACAGAGAAAGAGAGAGUGGGAGAGAGAGAGGGAGAGGGAGAGAGAAAAGGAGAAGGGGGAGAGAGAGAGAUGCCGAGAUAGAUUGAUAGACAAAUGCAGGGAGGGCGGAACUUGGAAUUACAGUACAGCGCUUAUUCCUCACGUAUUUUGCCAUCUUGUGAUGAUGAUGAUGAUCGCAGGUGCUGGACAUGGGUAAAUCGAGGUCCCUGGCAAAAGAAGAGCAAGGAACACAAGGAUAAAUUACUUAUCAGAGGUGUGCGCUGCGCUCACGCAGGACUUAUUUGUUUUGUUUCCGCCAGUUUAUUUAUUUUUUUAGUUUUGGUGUGCGUAAAAGGCGCAACAAAGUGUCUUCCCCCUCCAAACAGCACUGGAGAUUAGGGGGAUUUUUUUCCCCAGAGGGAGUGAACUGAAAACUUGGGUUCCAAGGUGCUGUUUUGCUGCUUCUUCUUCUUUUUUUUACGCUGCCAUGAGAGAGAUGAAGGAAGAUGAUUUUUAAUGGACAUGAAGGUUUCAGGAGCUGGCCGAACCCCUUCGUAAUUUUCGAGCUUAUUCUCGCCGAAGCCGACACAGCUACUAAAUCCAAACAAGAGCUGCCAGUUUGAAAAGACGACUUGACAUUUUUCAGCUCCGAAAUCAAGCCGCCCUCCCAUCUGCCCCCCGGAAACGGGAUGUUUUUUCAAAACUGAUAGACUUGAUUUGUUUGUAAUUCCUGCAUGAGAAGCACCGUGGAACGUGACGGUCACUAUGCCGAGGAGAAAGCAGCAAGAGCCGCGGCGAUCAGCAGCGUAUAUGCCCGAGGAUGAGCUUAAGGCAGGCGCUCACGAUGAGGAAGAGCAUCUACAGGAUGACGGCCUUUCAUUAGAUGGCCAGGACAAUGAGUUUUUGUGCAACGAGGAAGAGGAAGAUGUGGAUGGAGGCCAACCACCUAGCUACAGAGACUCGCCACUCAGCAAUGGCACGAACCCUGAUGCUGGAUACGGGUCUCCACUCAGUGAUGCCAGUGAUCGACUCACAGACAUCAAGAGCACCUCUUCCAGGGAUGGUCAGGAGAGGGAAGGCACUGCUUUGCCCUUUCGUCCCAACAAUGGCCUCUCUUUCCAGGAUAGCCUGGCACAGAUGAAAGCCGUCUAUGCAAACCUCAUCUCAGAUGCCUCUUGGUCUAGCAUCACAAUGGACAUUAUGAAAUCGAAGCCUGCUGCAGCUGGCAGUGUCAACAGUGCCCUCACCACUCCAGAGCCCGUCUCUACCGCCUCUGUCUCCACAACUACGACCAUAAACAAGAGCGGCGGGGUCCAUGUGGCAAGCAGUCACCAUAAUGGCAGGAGCUCCAGCACCACUGUCAACCACACAGGCAGCGCAAGUGGCACGACUAAUGGCACGCCAGCUAGCGCUGUUAGCAGCAACAAUGCGACCAGCAGCAGCGGAAGCAGCAGUGGCGUGGCUACUAAUGGUAGUGGUGUAGCAUACGACUGGCACCAGGCUGCACUUGCCAAAACUCUUCAGCAGACACCCUACCACCUUUUACCAGAGCCUAGCCUCUUCAGCACAGUGCAGCUCUACAGGCAGAACAACAAGCUCUAUGGCUCCGUUUUUACUGGUGCAAGCAAGUUUCGCUGCAAAGACUGCAGCGCUGCAUAUGACACACUAGUGGGUUUGACAGUCCACAUGAAUGAAACAGGCCACUAUAGAGAUGACAACAAGGACAAAGAGGAGGAUCAGGGGAAGCGCUGGUCCAAACCACGCAAGCGUUCCUUAAUGGAGAUGGAGGGGAAAGAGGAUGCCCAGAAAGUGCUGAAGUGCAUGUAUUGUGGCCACUCAUUCGAGUCUCUUCAAGAUCUCAGUGUUCAUAUGAUCAAGACCAAGCAUUACCAGAAAGUGCCUCUCAAAGAACCAGUGCCAGCGUUGGCCACUAAGCUGGUGCCCACUUCAGCUAAAAAACGUGCUAUCCAAGAAGCUAUAAUGUCUCCAUGCUCCCCAGAUUCCGUCCAUGCUGGUAGUGGUGGUGGCAGUGUAUCUCUUGGGGAUGUUGGCAAAGACACAAAAACCGCAGCUAACCCCUAUGUUACGCCAAACAACCGCUAUGGCUACCAGAACGGUGCCAGCUACACAUGGCAGUUUGAAGCUCGUAAAGCGCAGAUCCUCAAAUGCAUGGAGUGUGGGAGUUCGCAUGAUACACUGCAACAGCUGACCGCCCACAUGAUGGUUACGGGACACUUUUUGAAGGUCACAAAUUCUGCAUCCAAGAAGGGCAAACAGCUGGUCUUUGAUCCAGUGGUAGAGGAGAAGAUUCAGUCUAUCCCACUACCACCGACCACCACUAGACUCCCUGUUCCCAGUAGUGUUAAGUCCCAGCCAGUGUCCCCCGCUCUCUCUUCCUGCUCAGAGGAAAAGAGGGAAGGAGGUGAGGAUGAAAAAGUUGAAGGUUGUGAGCUAAUGGAGAGAAAAAUAAAAGAGGAAAAAGAUGACACGGGGGAGAAAUCUGAGACAGACACUACAUCAUAUAAAUACCUUAGAGAAGAAGAUCUGGAGGAGACGCCUAAAGAGGGUUUAGAUAUUCUUAAAUCCCUUGAGAACACAGUAUCCAGUGCAAUCAGCAAGGCUCAGACAGGAACGCCCACAUGGGGUGGCUACCCCAGCAUUCAUGCAGCCUACCAGCUGCAAGGUGCCAUGAAGAGCUCAGCUACUGUCCUGCCCCCAACAGUCCAGAGUGUCCAGAUGCAGCCAAUGUUUAACAGUGGGCUACGAGGUCUUGUGAGUGACCCCAACGCAGUCAUCCACUCACCUCGCAGCCCUUCCUCCCCUACUCCCCUCAGGAGCAAUGUCACUGCCAUGGAGGAGCUUGUGGAGAAGGUGACAGGAAAAGCUGCCACUGUGAAGAAAGAAAAGGAGGAGAAGAUGGUGAGCCUGGAAAGAUGCAGACCCCCAUCUUCAGUAAAAUCUCCUUCCCCUGCACUGAGAGAGCAUAGAGAGCAAUUAGCAUCUCCAAAUGACCUUUCUGUUGGUAAACCAUCUGGUUUGAGAAGCAGCAGCCCAGGAAGCGUAGAUUCCGAGCUUAUCUGCAAGAAGGAGCCUAAGGAGAGCCUGGUAGAUGGUCACAGCAAUCACUCAAAGAAUGGCUCUGAGGUGUGCCAGUCCCCGGUAACUAAUGGCAACAGCCUUGGCAUCAUCACUGAUCACUCACCUGAAAGUCCUUUCAUCAAUCCUCUCAGUGCACUCCAAUCAAUCAUGAACACACACCUGGGAAAGGCCUCCAAACCAGUAAGCCCAGCUGCCGAUCCACUGUCUAUGCUUUACAAAAUUAGUAACAGCAUGAUGGAUAAGCCAGCUUUCAACCCAACUCCUCAGGGCAAGCCAGCUGAGCCCAUCAACCACUUCCAACUGUAUGAGAACAAUGACCAGCCCAUAGAUCUGAGUAAACACAAGUCCACUACCAAUAGCAACAACAAUAAUAACAACAGCAGCAGUGUGCUUUUGACAAACAAUAAUGUAAAUGGCAACAAACCCCUCAUUUCCCUCUCUGACUCAGUCUCUUCUCCUCUGAGAGAGAAUGCUCUGAUGGACAUUUCAGAUAUGGUAAAGAACCUCACAGGAAGACUGACGCCGAAAUCUUCAACUCCCUCCUCCAUUUCAGAGAAGUCGGAUGCCGAUGGCAGCGCAUUUGAGGACGCCUUAGAGGACCUCUCACCAGUGCAGAAGAGGAAAGGGAGGCAGUCCAACUGGAAUCCCCAGCAUCUUCUCAUCCUGCAGGCGCAGUUUGCCUCUAGCCUGAGGGAGACCUCAGAGGGCCGCUACGCCAUGACUGACCUGGGCCCUCAAGAAAGGGUCCACAUCUGUAAGUUCACAGGCCUCUCCAUGACCACCAUAUCCCACUGGCUGGCUAAUGUCAAGUACCAGUUGAGACGAACUGGGGGCACCAAGUUUCUCAAGAACAUGGACUCGUGCCAGCCCGUGUUCCUCUGUGGCGACUGUGCCUCUCAGUUCAGGACUCCCUCCUCCUACAUCAGCCACCUGGAGUCUCACCUGGGCUUCAGCUUGAAGGACCUGUCUAAAUUGUCAACUGAGCACCUACGGGAGCAGCAGGCUGCCUCAAAGGUGAUCACAGAUAAAAUGACAUUCGGCAGCCCCCUGUCAGCCUUGACCACGCCAGAGGACGACACAGGCUCUGUGUACCAGUGCAGACUUUGCAAUCGGACAUUCGUCAGCAAACACGCAGUCAAACUGCACCUCAGCAAGACCCACGGAAAGUCUCCAGAGGACCACCUGGUGUUUGUCACUGCUUUGGAGAAACUGGAGAAGCUAGACAAAAUGGAGAAGGUUUAAAGCAAGCAAGUCUCGAGCUGAGGUUAAAGACUGACAGCUGUGGAACUGACUAGAAUUUCAUUGCACUAAAAUGACAUUGUUCACAGUUACUGCACUGGGCCGAACUGAGCCGUCAGAAAAAAAAAAUCAGUCUUAUAAUUUUUUUUGUUGUGAUAACUGCCUGACUGGACCAUGUCUUUUCAUGUUAAUUUGUUUUUGUUUUGCCAAGCUUUUUUACACUUAUUUUGUAAUAUAUUUAUAUGCUAUUUGUCUGAUCUGUGCAUGUAUUUUAGUGAAUCAAGGUUAAACACAAGAUUUUAAUCUUUUUCAUGGCAAAAAUACAACUACUGCUUCAAUGGUAAAAGUGACGAGUGGGAAGAAUUGGUGGAAGAGAAAACUGUAUAAUACUUGAUAUGAAGAAGGUGAAAAUUACAUGUAUACACCAAAAGAAUGAAAGAAUAUCCUGAAAGACUGAAGUAGCACCUUAGACAGUUGGAUUUGUAAAGAGACCAUGUUUUGAAAUAUCUUACAUUUGUCAAAAUCAGAUUUUGAAAGAUCAAGGAUUAUUUCCCCCCUUCUCCUUCUUGGGUUUCUGUCAUUGCAAUGUUUUUGAUGAUGAAUGGCCUGCUCAUAAAUCUGUCAGUGUAAUGGAAAAAAGAAGAUCAUGUGAACAUUGGAAAAACUGAAAUGCUGCUUCUGGUUACAAGUCAAUCAGUGAAAAUGAAUGGCCAUCAGUAUGCAAGUUUGCUCAAAAACCUUUUCCUUGUUGUGAAGUAUCACCUUAUAGCAAUUUUCCAGUUGUAUGGUUUGUUACAACUUUCUCUUUCUAAAUUGUGUCGCUUUAUUCAACUGUAAAGAGAAAAGUCCGUUACGUGUAAAUGAAUACCAGUGAAACGUCAGUACUCCAUAAGACAUAUCUUACCAUUUGAAACGGCUCCACAUUCUUUGUAUCUUAAGGUGUGUGCAUUCUCUAACUUUUAUAUUGUCAUUUUAUAUACAAAAAUGAUAAAAAAUAAAAACAGAUGGUGUACAUAGAUAUAUGCUGUAGAGCUACAAAAUGUCCUUUUUUAAAGAAAAAUACAAAUUUAGCUUCUUUGGCUUGGUUUACAGAAAUGAUUUUAAUUAUACUUGCAUCCAAUUUGAUGCAUGAAAUGGUGUGGAAAAUAAAUAAGCGAUGCACAAUGACUAUACAUUUCAAUGUUUUAUCGACAAUAUUGUAAAAAAAAUACAAAAAAAAACUUUUUAGCACCGAUUAGUUUGUUUCAUUUCUUUCUCAAUUGUAAAAUAAACCCCAAAGCAGUUGUUAACAGUCA